GCUCGGACUCUGCCCGGACCCGAACCGGGGCGGCGGCUUCUCUCUCGGCUGCAGCAGUCGGGGUCAUGGCGGCCCCCCGGUCCGCUCCCAGGGUAGGCGCCAGGCCCAGAUUAGACCUGAGGUUCCUCCAGCGAUUCCUGAAGAUCCAGGAGGUUCUGUUUCCCUCGUGGUCGUCACAGAACGUCUUGAUGUUCGUCACCCUCCUCAUGGUGGCUCUCCUGGAACAACUGGUGAUCUACCGGGUGGGCCUGAUCCCCAGUCAGUACUAUGGGGUCCUGGGAAACAAAGACCUGGAUGGGUUCAAGGCCCUGACGUUCCUGGCCGUGGUGCUCAUCGUGGUCAACUCCACGCUGAAGAGCCUUGACCAGUUCACCUGCAACCUGCUGUAUGUGAGCUGGAGGAGGGACCUCACCGAGCACCUGCACCGCCUCUACUUCCAGGGCCGCGUGUACUACACCCUGAACGUGCUGCGGGACGACAUCGAUAACCCGGACCAGCGCAUCAGCCAGGAUGUGGAGCGAUUCUGCCGGCAGCUCAGCAGCAUGGCCAGCCAGCUCAUCAUCUCCCCCUUCACACUCAUCUACUACACCUACCAGUGCUUCCGGAGCACAGGGUGGCUUGGGCCCGUGAGCAUCUUCGGCUAUUUCAUCCUGGGAACCAUGGUGAACAAAACACUGAUGGGGCCUAUUGUGACGAAGCUGGUGCAGCAAGAGAAGCUGGAGGGGGAUUUCCGGUUCAAACACAUGCAGAUUCGGGUGAAUGCUGAGGCUGCUGCUUUCUACCGAGCUGGACAGGUGGAGCACAUGAGGACCGACCGCCGGUUGCAGAGGCUGCUGCAGACCCAGAGGGAGCUGAUGGCCAAGGAGCUCUGGCUAUACAUUGGUGUCAACACCUUCGACUACCUGGGCAGCAUCUUGAGUUAUGUGGUCAUUGCAAUCCCCAUCUUCAGUGGGGUCUUCGGAGACUUGACCCCAACAGAGCUCAGUGCGCUGGUCAGCAAGAACGCCUUCGUGUGCAUCUACCUCAUCAGCUGCUUCACCCGGCUCAUCGACCUGUCCACCACGCUCUCUGACGUGGCUGGGUACACACACAGGAUUGGGGAACUUCAGGAGACCCUGCUGGACAUGUCCUCCAAAUCGCAGGACUGUGAUACUUUGGGCAACAGUGAGUGGGACUUAGACAAGGUCCCAGGGUGGCCAGCAGCAGAGCCCGCUGACGCAGCCUUCCUCCUGGACCGGGCCUGCAUCUCAGCCCCCUCCUCGGACAAGCCACUCAUCAAGGACCUGAGCUUGAAGGUCUGCGAGGGCCAGAGCCUGCUCAUCACAGGCAACACGGGCACGGGCAAGACCUCCCUGCUGCGGGUGCUGGGCGGCCUGUGGACCAGCACACGGGGCUCUGUACAGAUGCUCACAGACUUCGGGCCCCAUGGGGUGCUGUUCCUGCCACAGAAACCCUUCUUCACUGACGGGACCCUCCGUGAGCAGGUGAUUUACCCCCUAAAGGAGAUCUACCCAGACUCAGGUUCUACUGACGAUGAGAGGAUCAUGAGGUUUUUGGACUUGGCGGGCCUGUCCAGCUUGGUGACCAGGACAGAGGGUCUCGACCAGCAGGUGGAUUGGAACUGGUACGACGUCCUGUCCCCAGGGGAGAUGCAGAGGCUGUCCUUCACCCGGCUUUUCUACCUGCAGCCCAAGUAUGCAGUGCUUGAUGAAGCCACCAGCGCACUGACCGAGGAGGUGGAGGCUGAGCUGUACCGCAUUGGCCAGCAGCUGGGCAUGACCUUCAUCAGUGUGGGGCAUCGGCGCAGCCUAGAGAAGUUUCACUCUUUGGUUCUGAAACUCUGUGGAGAAGGAAGAUGGGAGCUGAGCAGACUUAAGGGGGAGUGAGAUUGAACAUGUGAAUGGCCACCAGCAGAACCGCCAGGCCCCUGGGGAGGGCGGUCUGCAGCACCUGGAGCAAGUGUGACCGCUGACGGGGCCCAGCAGAGCCCAGGUGUGCCUCAGGUGCCCUGGUAGUGGUGGUCCCAACCCUGUGCCGGCCCCCCCCCAUGGGCCAGGGCCUGGGUUACGCUUGAAGUGCUACAAAUUGCUUCGGAUCGUAUGUACUGGGGGAAAAUUGGGAUGGGUGAGAUCGCUGAGAAAUGAAGGGUUAGGGAGGAAAGAGAGUCAGCCCUGGAGUCCAGAGAUCCAGCUCAAUUUUAUGAUAGUAGAUUUUUAACUGCAAUCAACUGACCAUGUAAAUGUUAUAACUUUUUAAAAAAAUAAAUGGCUCAAAAGUAAAGGAAUAUUUUGGGAGCUCUUUUCCCGGACUUUGUAUUGGAAGGGUGGUGUGAACAGCUUUCCCUGAGCUGAGCCUGGAGGCAGGAAUGCAUGCUCGUCUUAUGCCUGGGGCUUUUUACUCCACCUUUUACUUUCUGGCAGUGAAGUUAGUACCAGCCAGGAGGACCUCAAGGGCCCUCUUCCUUAUCUUAAUCCAAAUGAAAAACAAAUCUUUCUCUUAUCAGCUCCAGGUCAAAUUAGGAGUUCUCACAAAGAACCCACUUUAUGGAAAAACAAUAACCAGAUAAAACCCAGAAUGCCCAGCUGGUGAGGGUAAAGUUAUUGACCUCUAGAACAGUGUUCCCUAAAUUACUAUCUGUACUUCUUAUAAACAACAAAGCUGGACUGGCAGGAUGGCUCAAUGGCUAAAUCUUCACCUUGCAAGCUCCAGGAUCCUGUGUG